ACCCACGACACUACCCUACUGAGAAAAAAAAUGGUAAGGUAGGUGGAUGGUGUGGCCUGCACUCGUUCGGCUUCUACUAUAUAAGAUAGACAUCGUACCCUAGCAAGUGCAAGCUCCUUAAUUUGUUCACCAAGCAGUACCACUGGUAAAAUAAAGCAAAAGCAAGUAGGCAAGCAUGUGGCGGCUGAAGAUCGCGGCGGAGAGCGGCGGCGGCAGCGGCAGCAGCCCGCUGCUGCACACGGGCAACGGCUUCCUAGGCAGGGCAGUGUGGGAGUUCGAUCCCGACGCCGGCACGCCGGAGGAGCGCGCCGAGGUGGCGAGGCUGCGCCGCGACUUCACCCGCCACCGCUUCCAGAGGAAGGAGUCACAGGACCUCCUCAUGCGGAUGCAGUAUGCCAAAUUAGGGCAUCUACAACCAGAUCUUUCGGCUGUCAUAGUUGAAGAUAAUCAAAAUGUUACCGAAGAAACUAUAUUGUCUUCAUUGCGACGAGCUCUUAAUCAAUAUUCGACUUUGCAAGCACAUGAUGGGCAUUGGCCUGGUGACUACAGUGGAAUCUUGUUCAUUAUGCCACUCCUGAUAUUCUCCAUGCAUGUUACGGGAACGCUCGAUGUCGUCUUGUCAUUGGAACAUAAACGAGAGAUAUGUCGAUACAUUUACAAUCAUCAGAAUGAAGAUGGCGGCUGGGGGACACAGGUUCUUGGCCAGAGUACCAUGUUUGGCUCAUGCUUGAACUAUGCUACAUUAAAGCUCCUUGGUGAGGCCCUACAUAAUAACGAUGCAUUAGCCCAAGGGCGUAUGUGGAUUUUAUCUCAUGGAAGCGCAACGGCGGCACCUCAAUGGGCAAAGAUAUGGCUCUCGGUCAUUGGUGUAUACGAUUGGUCAGGAAACAAAGCAAUAAUUCCUGAAUUAUGGAUGGUGCCGCAUUUUCUUCCAAUACAUCCAGCAAGAUUUUGGUGCUUUGUCCGUAUGAUUUACAUGUCCAUGGCAUAUCUUUAUGGGAAAAAGUUUGUCGGCCCAAUCACUCCAACUAUAUUGGAAAUAAGAGAGGAGUUGUACAACAUACCAUACAGUGAGAUUGACUGGAAGAAGGCUAGAGAUUGCUGUGCCAAGGAAGAUCUUCGAUAUCCUUGUUCAUGGAUACAAGAUAUUGUGUGGACAUAUUUAAACAAGUAUGUGGAUCCAAUGUUUAAUGUCUGGCCAUUUAAUAAGCUGAGGGAGAUAUCGCUGCGCAACCUUAUGAAACAUAUCUACUACGAGGAUGAAAAUACCAAAUACAUUGGUUUGUGCCCAAUAAACAAGGCAUUAAAUAUGAUUUGCUGUUGGAUAGAAGACCCAAAUUCAGAUGCAUUCAAGAGGCAUCUUCCAAGGAUUUAUGACUUUCUAUGGCUUGCUGAAGAUGGCAUGAAGGCUCAGGUAUAUGAUGGCUGUCAGACAUGGGAGACAGCAUUUAUAGUUCAAGCCAUUUGCUCUACGGGCUUAGUAGAUGAGUUCAGUACAACUCUUGAGAAAGCCUAUGGUUUCCUGAAAAAUUCGCAGGUUCUUCAUGACCUCCCUAAUGGCAAAAGUUUCUAUCGCCAUAGAUCAAAAGGUUCAUGGACUCUUUCUACAGCAGACAAUGGUUGGUCAGUUCCUGAUUGUACAGGAGAAACACUUCAGGCAUUACUAGGGCUGUCAAAGAUUUCUCCUAAACUUGUUGGUGAUCCAAUAAAAGAAAAAAGUUUGUAUGACGCGGUGGACUGCCUGCUGUCUUUUUCGAACAAAGAUGGUACCUUCUCCUCGUAUGAAUGCACAAGAACAGCUUCGUGGACAGAGAUUCUGAACCCUUCAGAGAGUUUUCGGAACAUUGUCGUUGAUUAUCCGCCAAUAUGCAGACAUGUCGAGUGCACAUCAUCAGCAAUUCAAGGUCUAAUAUCAUUUACAGAGUUAUACCCAGGGUACCGUGGUGUAGAAAUUGAAAGUUGUAUUAAGAAUGCUGUAAUGUUCAUUGAGAACAAACAACAAAAUGAUGGCUCAUGGUAUGGGACAUGGGGUAUAUGCUUUACCUAUGGGGCAUUCUUUGCAAUAAGAGGACUAAUUGCUGCUGGCAGAAAUUAUGAGAACAGCCAAGCUAUCAGGAAUGGAUGCAAGUUCCUAUUGUCAAAGCAGCUUAGUGCAGGUGGAUGGGGUGAGCACUACAGUUCAAGUGAAAUUGAGGUCUAUGUUGAUAGUGGGAGUCCUCAUGCAGUGAACACCUCCUUGGCAAUGUUAGCUUUACUUUACUCUGGACAGAUUGAACGAGAUCCAACACCAUUAUAUCGUGCUGCAAAACAAUUAAUUAGCAUGCAACUUGAAACAGGAGAGUUCCCCCAACAAGAACAUGUUGGAUGCUUCAAUUCUUCACUUUACUUCAAUUACCCGAACUACCGCAACUUAUAUCCCAUUUGGGCUCUCGGAGAAUUCUGGCACCGACUUGUUGCAAGCAAGGACUGAAGAAGGCAGCCAUGCACAUACUUAUGUGAUGACAAUCCACACUACAUUUGUUCUCUACAAAUUUGUGCAAUUAUUGAAGAGUGCAGUAUAGAAAGUACAUUGCAAGUUAUGGCGAUUAUUGUAUGAACACAAUGUUACCCUAAAAAAUAUCAAAUUUAUAAGCACCAAACCCGAAGUCACAUGUGCUGUACCAAGGACGUAGCUCUGAAAUAAAUAAUUUGUUACUGAUAGAACCAUUCGUCCGAUGGAAGUCUUGUAUACAACUAGAGAAUUCAUAGUUUGCCAAAAUUAUGACGCAUAACUACAUUUAAUUCAUAGUUGUAGUUCAAAAA